AUGGCCCUUAUGAUCUCUCAUGCGAUCCAAGUUACUGAUGCUCUUACCUUUGCACUUUUAGCCAAAGCCUCUGUUUACCUCCCUGUUCUGGGGAUACUCGACCUUUCUUGGAAUAAGUGUGUUGGUGGUAACCUGGAGCUGCUUCUUCAAACACUGAAGCUGUCACGGUCGCUCCGAGUGCUGAGGCUAAGCAGCUAUGCCCUGGUGACAGAGGACUUGGUUCUUCUUGCCUCAGCCAUGCGGACAAGCCAUUUAGCCGAGCUGCAGAAGCUUGACCUGAGUUACAACGACAGUGUCUGUGACACAGGAUAGGCCAUCUUCUGCCCAAACCUCUGCUUCCUCAAACAGCUAACAGAACUAGACAUCAGCCUUCGGCCAUCAAGUUCCUGGGGCUGUGGCCAACGGUUUAGGCACUUACUGUGUGCUGUGAUCAAACUUCCUGUGGUCCCUGAGAUAGAGGUGAGAAGAUGGACUGUCCCAGCCUCGCAUGAGGAAGAAUUAGAAUGCUUCACCCACACCCACAGAAGGGGCAUUCAACUUGACCAUGCGGGCGUGAGAGCUGGCCCCCGGGUCAUGAGAGUGGGAGAACUAACUCUGUCCCUCACCAGCUGCAACACACAGGAAACUGGACCCGGCACCUGCCAGGGCAGCACACUGGAGCUGAUCCUGCUGGUGGUAGAACGAGGAGCCAGCCCUGAGGGUAUGAGAGUAGGAGAAUUGCCCCUGGCCCCGGUGGUGUGA